GGAGAGUUAGAGAGUUUUUAAUGUCCGCCAUGUUGGCCAUGGCGUAUUGAACCAGGGAGAGUGAGCGGAGUGACUGAAAAAAAGAGACCGAAAGAGAGCGACCAAGAUCCGGGCCUUCCCGGCUCCGUUCGCAUCGCCAUUUAUAUAUAUUUUUACCAAUCGAACAAUAGACUCCUGGAGAACGCCACAGACCCAUCCAUGAGAACUCAAACUGGGACAGUUGUGAAUUUUAGGGGAUCGGAUAGAUUUAUGCUGCAUCUCGAAAUAUAAAAAAUGAGUAAAUUGUCGUUUCGGGCACGGGCGCUGGACGCUUCCAAGCCACUACCCGUCUUCCGCUGCGAGGACUUACCCGACCUGCACGAAUAUGCCUCUAUUAACCGGGCAGUGCCGCAGAUGCCGACUGGAAUGGAGAAAGAGGAGGAAUCGGAACACCAUCUCCAGCGGGCCAUCUCGGCACAGCAGGUUUAUGGAGAGAAGCGGGAUAACAUGGUCAUCCCCGUUCCGGAGGCAGAAAGCAACAUCGCCUACUAUGAGUCUCUGUACCCCGGGGAGUUCAAGAUGCCAAAGCAGCUCACUCACAUACAGCCUUUCAGUCUGGACACGGAGCAGCCGGACUACGACCUGGACUCGGAGGACGACGCGUUUCUGAAUAAGCUGAAGAAGAAGAUGGAGAUCAGCCCUCUGCAGUUCGAGGAGAUGAUCGACCGCCUGGAGAAGGGCAGCGGGCAGCAGAUGGUGACCCUGCAGGAGGCCAAGCUGCUGCUGAAGGAGGACGACGAGCUGAUCCGGGAGGUGUUCGAGUACUGGGCCCGCAAGCGCAAGAGCUGCAAGGGCGCCUCGCUCAUCCCCACCGUCAAGCAGGAGAAGCGGGACGGCUCCAGCACCAGCGACCCCUACGUCGCCUUCCGCAGGAGGACCGAGAAGAUGCAGACGCGCAAGAACCGUAAGAACGACGAGGCGUCGUACGAGAAGAUGCUGAAGCUUCGCAGGGACCUGAGCCGGGCCGUCACCAUCCUGGAGAUGAUCAAGCGCAGGGAGAAGAGCAAGAGGGAGCUACUGCACCUCACGCUGGAGAUCAUGGAGAAGAGGUACAGCAUGGCAGACUUCGGCGGGGAGAUCAUGGCGGAGGUGCUGGCCCAGAGAGCGCUGGUGAAGCCGCUGUACACAGUUCCCAUCAUCCCGCUGCCCAGCAGCCACUACAGGCACCAGGAACACAUGGAGCUGAAGGACUACAAACCUAAGCCGGAGAAGACGGAGGCGGUCCGGACGAAGAGGAAGUACGAAAAGAAGCCCAAAGCGGCGCCGCUGUCCGCCUCGGCGCCCCUGCAGUCGGGGCCCUCCGUCUUCAACGCCAAGGACCUAAACCAGUACGACUUCCCCAGCUCGGACGACGAGCCCUUCUCCCAGAUGCUGUCCGGAUCCUCGGAAGCGGAGGAAGAGGGCGACCCCGAUGGUCCUUUUGCUUUCCGGCGGAAGGCGGGCUGUCAGUAUUAUGCUUCUCGGUUGGACCAAAGUGGUGGUUGGCCUUGGUGCGGUCCUUCAGAGGGCGGCCUGGGAGACGUGCGCUACCGAUACUGCCUCACCACCCUGACCGUUCCCCGCCGCUGCGUGGGGUUGGCACGGCGACGCGUCGGGCGAGGGGGCAGGGUGUUGCUGGACAGAGCGUACUCCGACUCCGACAGCGCGUUUCAUGGGCUGGAUCCGGAAACGCCUGCCUCCUCCCCUCGCUCGCCAGCGGACAAGUUCGCCAGUACCUCAGAAACAAAUACCUCGGACAGAAACCCCUCUCCGGACCUCAGCCAGAUACUAUUGAACAUUAAGUCGUGUCGAUGGAGACAUUUCAGGCCGCGGACGCUACCACUACACGACCCCGAGAGCGCCGACACCUACUCCAGGAGACUGCACAGGGGCCUGGGCCGGGUCUCCUCCGCCCAUCCCGGGACGCAAACCAGCGGUACCUCUUCCCAAAACCGGAGCGGCGCCGGCUCCGCACCCGUUGCCGCAUUCACCGCCGAGCAGUACCAGCAGCACCAGGAGCACCUGGCCCUGAUGCAGAAGCAGCAGCUGGAGCAGAUCCAGCUCCAGCAGGCCAACAAUGUGUCUGCGGCCGGCAGCACCCAGGGUUUGGUAUCAAAGACGUUAGAUUCUGUCAGCGCCCAGUUCGCCGCCUCUGCCUUGGUAACGACCGACCAGCUGAUGGCGUUCAAAGCCAAGGAGGAGGUGGUGCUGGGAAUCGGAGUCAAUGGCAUCCUUCAGGCCUCAGGAGUAUACAAGGGCUUACACCUCACUAGCACUGCACCCGCUGCACUUGUUCCCACGAGCCAGUCUACCGCGACGACGGCCGUGGGCUCCACCUUCCUCCAGCCCUCCAACAACGCCGCCGCGCAGACCCCCGGCCCCCGCGGCGCGCCCGCUCACCACGGGAGCGCCGCCAACUCCACUACUCAGGUCCUGAUCGGGAGCAACAUUCGUCUGAGUGUGCCCUCGGCAGGAGGCUCCGUGAACUCCAUCGCCACGCUCAACGCACGGCACAUACCCAGGACUUUAACCGCGGUCCCCCCGUCUGCCUUAAAGCUGGCCGCCACUACAAACUGUCAGAUUCCCAAGGUCACCGCCUCGUCCUCCAUGGACCUGGUGCCGAGGGAAAACCACGAUCAAGACAAGCCAGCGCUGAACAGUAUAGCGGACAAUACAGUGGCCAUGGAAGUCACGUAGU